CACUAUCUUCCAGCAGAAGCCAUUUUUUUGAGGAGUUCUGUGAGCAUCAGAGUGGAAGUCAGCAUGAAGGUCUUGGUAAUUAUCUGUGCUUUGGCUGUGUGUGUCAACGCGCAAGUCGGUUCUUCGGGAAUCGUCAGCCCUGAUGGAAAAAAUGUCCAGUUCUCUCAUGACUUCGCCAAUAGCAUCGUGCUGGUUGGACCUUCCGGCAUCGUCUCAGCAAAUGGAGAGAAUCUCCAGUUCACCGCUGGACAAGCUGGCCUCAAUGCCGGUAAUCUGCCAGUUAACCCCUACCCAUACACCUUAUACAAACGAAUCGUAGGACCUUCAGGUAUCGUUCACCCCACCGGCAGAAAUAUCCAGUUCACUCAGGCUCAGGCCGACAAUCACGUGCUGGUCGGACCUUCCGGUAUCGUCAGCAGAGACGGCAAAAACAUCCAGUUUGACUAUGCCAUCGCUCAAGAUGUAGCCAGAUGGUCCCUCCAGCACGAUGGUCGCUCCACCUCUCUUAAACUGUACUGGUGUUCCAUCGUCAAGAAUGAUACCAGAAGGUCCAAAUAUUGCUCGCUUGGUGCGAGGGUUAGCAAUUCUCAAGUCAUCAGUGAACUGGAGGUUUUUGCCCGACUUAGUGACUAUUCCAGAAGGUCCAAUGUGGACAAUAUCAUGAGCAAGAUCGUGGCUGAAGAGGUCAACGGAGCCAUCAGUUCUCAGGAUGCCGGAGUAGCCAACGUUGCCCUUCGGAGUCACGAAGCCGGAGGUGCUCCUCUUCUUACGGGAAACAAAUUGAAGAUCAUCAGUGAAUUGGAUGUUCUUGCCGUCCUUGGCUCGAUACCCCGUUAUGGUAGGCUACGAUACCCUGUUAUAGUCAGGCUACGAUACCCUGUUAUGGUCAGGCUUCGAAACCCUGUUAUGGUCAGGCUACGAUACCCUGUUAUGGUCAGGCUACGAUACCCUGUUAUGGUCAGGCUACGAUACCCUGUUAUGGUCAGGCUACGAUACCCUGUUAUGGUCAGGCUACGAUACCCUGUUAUGUCAGGCUACGAUACCCUGUUAUGCUCGCCAUUGCUUGAAUGUAAACAUCAACAAAGAAGCAGAUUCUGGGGAGAAGAUAAAGUUGAAGCCACUGGAGAAGACAUUUCACAGCAGUGGACAAAACACAGCCUCUUGCGGGAUGCUGUGUUACACUACUGUGUUGCACUACCCAGAGAUAAGCUCUUAGGAGGCGGAUAUAAUCCUCUCACAAAUAAAUCAAUAAUGUGGCAACUUAGUGCGUUUAGAAGGAUGACAAGAUCUGCAAAGGGCACAGGUCGACGGUGUCCCCAGCGAGAGGCAGUAUAUAAGAGGCUGGGUGUGCCUCCAUCGUCAGUCCAGCCUGCAGUAGCCACUUGUGGAAUUCAGCAGAACUCGGGAUCACUUGUAGACACCAUGAGGAUUUUGGCAGCUUUCUGUGUGCUGAUAGCGGGCGUCAGCGCUCAGCUUGGGCCUUCAGGACUCAUCAACCCUGAUGGAGUCAACCUACAAUUCAGUAAAGAGUUUGCUGAUAGCAUCUUGCUGAUUGGACCAUCUGGAGCUGUCACUGGAUCUGGUGACAAUCUUCAGCUCACCGCCGAACAGGCAGCUCUCCACGCUGGCUCCCCUGCCACUCCCGUACACGCCUUCGUGGCCCAGAAGGGUGUGUUUGGACCUUCAGGCAUAGUCAAUCCUGACGGCUCUAACGUUCAGUUCACCAAGGAACAGGCAGACAACAUCUUACUCAUCGGGCCCUCAGGCGUUGUCACCAAGGAUGGAAAUAACUUGCAGCUCACCGAUCAGGGAGUUCCUAGAACGAAGCGCUCUGCACCUCUCGUUGGCGCCUCUGGCAUUAUCACUCCUGAUGGUCAAGCGAUCCAACUACCACCUGGUGUGACAGUUGCUUCUGCAGGACACUCUGGCGUUGUUCUCUCCAAUGGACAGAACAUUCAGUACCGCACCAAGCGCUCUGAUUACACUUUGGGUCCCUCUGGACUCAUUACUCGUGAUGGCCAGGUGGUUCACCUUCCAGAUGGUGUAAAAGUUGCUGUGGCAGGACCCACUGGUAUUGUUCUCACCAACGGAAAGAACAUUCAGUACCGCACCAAGCGCUCUGAUUACACUUUGGGUCCCUCUGGACUCAUUACUCGUGAUGGCCAGGUGGUUCACCUUCCAGAUGGUGUAAAAGUUGCUGUGGCAGGACCCACUGGUAUUGUUCUCACCAACGGAAAGAACAUUCAGUACCGCAGCAAGCGCUCUUCUCCACUUGUUGGUGCCUCUGGCAUUAUCACUCCUGAUGGCCAAGCGAUCCAACUACCACCUGGUGUGACAGUUGCUGCUGCAGGACACUCUGGUGUUGUUCUCUCCAAUGGACAGAACAUUCAGUACCGCACCAAGCGCUCUUCUCCACUUGUUGGUGCCUCAGGCAUUAUCACUCCUGAUGGUCAAGCGAUCCAACUACCACCUGGUGUGACAGUUGCUGCUGCAGGACACUCUGGUGUUGUUCUCUCCAACGGACAGAACAUUCAGUACAGCACAUAGAACACUCUAUGGACUCCUUGACCCAGCAUCACCCUUGACAACCAAGUGAUCCUAUUCCAAUUCUGAGAUUUUGCUGAUGCUGGAGACUGUUUCCUUUCGUUCUUUUCCAACUGCAGCAAGGUGCGAUUCAAUUAAACAUUCCAAAAGCUAAAUCACUUUUGAAGUUUAAACACCUUGUGUUAAACUAUGUAUAAAAUGCCUGUAACUUUGCUUUAAACUACUUGUAAACAAUCUGCCUGUCAUGUAGUAUUCUUGUCAAUAAAAAUUAGUUGAUUGAA